CAUGCCUUAUGCUCAAUUUGUCCGCCGUUUGAGUCGUUCUAGAAGUGAAGGGGGUGCGAGAAAGUUAUUAAGGAAAACUGUUUUUCAGAGAGGAAGUGGCAUUGGCGGAGUGUUUGCGGCACUUCUUACACCGAUCCUCAUUGAAAUAGGAAAAAAGAUUAUAAAAGGUGAUAGUCUGACCGAAUAA